UGGGGGCCGGAAGAGAGACCACCAGAGGAGAGGUGAGCACAAUUAGGCAAUAUCUUCUUCACUUCUCAGCCCUCUGCUAGGGACAGAGGCAAGACUUAUUACUCUGCAAGUACUGUCUGAAUUUAGCCCAUGCCAGCCAGUGUAGGGACACAGGGUUCCUCACUUAAGCAGUACAAGGUGGGACACAGACUUUCAACACCCAGCCUGGAGAAGUAAUGGUCUUCAUUCUCUUGAGUCCAACCAAAGCUUGACUGACUAAACAAGGCACUGACCAUGGCUCAUCACUUUAAAGAGAAUAGUAGCUGUUAUUUCUGCUCUCGUUAUCUGGAGAAACCUGUGUACUUGACCUGCGGAUACAUCUGCUGCUUCCAGUGCCUUGACUCACUAGAGAAAAGUCCUGAAGGGGAUGGUAUACUGUGCCCCAUUUGCUCUGAUGUCACUUUGAAAGAAGACAUCAUACAUGCUAAACAGUUAGGGAGCCUGAUUACCAAGAUCAAAAACGCAGAGUCGUCGCUGAAUUUUGUUCUGACAAUGAACCCAGCUAUGAAGGUAUUUCAAGUGAACAUGACCUUGGAUGUGGACACAGCCCAAAACUACCUCAUCAUCUCUGAUGACCUGAUGAGUGUCUACCAUACGUCUCAGGAGCAAGACCGAAAGAAAUGUGCAGAAAGAUUCCAAAUUUCUCCUUGCGUCCUGGGCUCUUCCCGGUUCACUUCCGGCCGCCAUUACUGGGAGGUAGUGGUGGGAAACAGCAAAGAAUGGGAUAUAGGUAUUUGCAAAGAGACCAUUAAUCGAGAAGAGGCUAUUUAUUUGUCAGAAAAAAAUGGCUACUGGACCGUGGGUGUGAGAGAUAGUGAGGUCUAUGCUGCCAGCACUGAUCCGUUAACUCCACUACUUGUGAACCCUCGGCUGCAUAGAGUGGGUAUUUUCCUGGACCUGGUGAAGAAGAGUGUUUCUUUCUGGGACCUUGGUGAUGGCUCCCAUAUCUAUACAUUCCUUGAAAUUCCAGACACGGAUCCAUUUCGCCCAUUCUUUUCGCCAGCAAAUACUCAUCCAGAGGACGGAGAACAAGUCCUCAGUAUCUGUCCUGUGACAAAUCCAGCCAUUUGGGGACUUCCAGUUAACCCCACAUAAGGGAAAUAACCUUUGAAUAUGAAAGCUGCUAUGGAAGUCAUAACCAUGGCUAAGAAUUUUUGAGUUUGGUAUACAUAGAGUACAAAAGCAUUACAGAAAUAUAUGGAGGGCCUCAUGAAUUCUAACUAGUUACAGGAAAUGGUAUUUUUAAUAUAAAGUAUUAUCAUGGUUGUUUCCUUUGGAAUUUGUUUAAAUUUCUGUUCCCAUUCAUAUAUUGUGAACUUUUACUUUGGUUUCCUUUUUAGUUGCUACAAUAUUAGUGUAUGGUGUCGUGGAAUAAAUUAAAUUAACAU